AUGAUUUCUGAGUAUGUUAAAAACAUGGAUAUUUUUUCUUAGUCUUUCUAGUUUAACACAGGAAAACUAAGGGAUAGAAAAAGGACAUUCGUAGGCACUUUCCUAACUUUGUCUAUCAUGGCAGCGACUCUUUAUUAUUUCAUAUAUUUAUUCGUAAAGUAUAUGGAUAAUUAAAUAGAUCCUAAAUUUAGAGUGUAAAAUUUCAUUUCGAAUGAUCUCAUUAGCAUACCCCUAAGCAAUGAAUUAAUUGCUUUCUAAUAUAUUGAACCUAUUGGUAACUUAAGUAUAGACCAAAUAUAAGCUAAAACAAAUAAGACUUAUAUUGUAACUUUAGCUAAUUUCAUGUAUACUGAUAACAACGGUUAUUUUAUGAUGCCUUUGAAUGUUAUCCCAUGUAAUAAUACACUACUUUAAGGAUAUAGGUGUAUAGAUAUGUCUAAAGUGCCGUCUAAUUACACUUUAAUGCUAAACUCUAAAAACAGAGCAUAAUCUUAAAUUAGUAUAGUAUCAUAUAGAUGCUAAGACACAGAUCGCUAUAAAAGGUUUGUACCCGAUAAUUGUGCAAAUUUAACUGAUAUUAAUAAAUUCAUUAGUAAAUUGGGAAAUACUCUGAACGUUAAACUAAUUACUUCAUAGUACAACAUUACAGCUAAAGAAUUUUAAGACAGCUACAAAACUUUCAAUUUAUUAAUAUCUCCAACUUAAAUUAUGUACACAGAAUUUAAAGCACAAAAUUAAAUUACUUCUGUGAAGGACGGAUACAUAUUUUAAUCUGAAAAGUAAUAUUUUUCUCCUAUCUCUUAUACAACAGUUACUUAGACUUUAGACACAGAUUUAGUUUUAAAAUAAGCAGGAGCAAAAUAUUUUUAGCAAUUCUUUGUAGAUGUAGAAGAAACAAUCUAUUAGACAUAAAUUUAAUAUCCAACACUUCCAGAAAUCUUAGCUCUUUGCAACACUACUCUCUCUUUAUUGAUGUGUUUAGGAUUUUUUGGAAGACAAAUGGCACAGAAGUUGAUUAGACAAGAACUUUUUCUAUUAAUUUUACAAAAUUUCUAUCAAGGUACUUAUGAAAAAGUUUUGAGAAUACAUAAAUUUAUAUAACCAAACGAAUAGGAUCAUCCUAAAAAAAUCAAUUAUUUAAGUGAAUCAGCUGAAUUGUAAGAAAACCCAAACCCAAUUACAGUACCUAAUAUACAUACUAAUUCCAGAUAGAAUUAAUUUACUCAGUAGGACACUAACUUACAAUAAAUAUAGGAUGCUGUAUUAGAAGAUGCUUCUGUAGGAGAAGGUCAAAGCCCAGUUAUAAUUCCUGAACUAAGUAUCAAAUCUAGUGGCCAAAUAAUUAAUUAGCUAGAUUUACAAUCAGACACUAAAAGAGACUGUAUCAUUGACUAAGAAACAAUCUUUUCAAGUAGAAAUAAUAUGUAAAAAUUAUCUGAUGAAGAAAAUAAAAUACUUGAUUAAAUUAAAAAAGAAGAAUCAAACACUAAUAGUUUUAGUAUGCAAAAAACAUAAGAAUUUAGAUUAUAGACUGUUAAUCCUAGCUAUGACUCAGAGAAGCAAAUAUUACAAUUUAAUAAAAGGUAAUCAAUUUUAACUGACCUUAAAAGUCAAAAAACUGCACCCAAUAGAACAAGUAUAACUAAACAACUUUUUGAAAGAAGGUAAAUGUAACCCAUAGUUAGCUAAAUUGCUAUAAAUAGUUGUGAUAGGACAGAAAAUAAUCUUAAAUUUGAUAUUUCACCCUUAAGAACAGAAAAAUCCCCAACAAUUUAAGAUAGUAAUAAAAUUAGUAACCUCAUAAAAUUGAAACCAUCAAAAAUACCUUCGAUACAAUAGCAUGAAAAAAUAAAUAUCAACGAAGCCGAAAAAAGUCCUAAUAGCAGUUUGGAGUCAAAGCUAAAGAGCAUAAAUAAUUAGUCUAUAUUUAAGAAAGUAGAGCAUAGUCUUUUUAAAUUCAGUAUGUUUAAGAAGAAAGAGUUUUUGUCAGAGAAAGGAAUAGAUUAAGAGACAAUCUUCUCUAUCGAAAAAUAAGUUAAUAGCAGCUUAGAUUUUUCAUAAGUGUAUUAGGAAAUAUUGUUUUGUAAAAAAGCUAUAAUGAUGAUUUUAACUAAAGAACAAUUUGCUGCUUUAAAGCUAGUUGGAUGUUCAGAAAGAUUUUCAAAAUAACUUACUAAAAGCUUUGAUGAAUUAAAAAAUUGUUAAAUGAGUCACUUUGAAGAAUAGUUCGCAAUUUAACUUUUGGAAGAAGUAUAAAUAAAGUAUAUUAAUUAAUUUAUAGAGAAAUUUUCUAAAAAAGGAAACAUAAGUGAGUUAGAUAAAAAAAUUUAUUAAUCAUUAGGUUGA